AGCUUCUCUAACGCUCUCACCAAGAACAUAGUGGCCAUGCUGGUGUGGCUCGCCCUCAGCGUCAUCAACGGCAGCAUGGUGCUCACCUUCCUGCGAAACAGUCUCUUCUAUGAGAACCCGCGGUACAUCAUGUUCAUCUACAUGGUGAUCAACGAUGCUCUGCUGCUCAGCCUCGUUACGGCUCUCUACGUGGUCAGCUAUAUCUUCAGGAUGAUCCACGCCUCCGUCUGCUGCUUUCUGAUCAUGACGGCGGUCCUCACCACCCGCUCCACCCCUCUCAUCCUGGCCGGCAUGGCGGUGGAGCGCUACAUCUCCAUCUGCUUCCCUUUGUACUACAGCCAGAUGUGCACCGUCCCUCGCACCCUCCGCCUCAUUGGCGUCAUCCUCAUCCUCACCGCCGCCCCGCCCGUCACCGACCUCCUCAUCACCCUUGUCUACCAGCCUCUGAGUUUCUUCCAAACCUCCAUUUUCUGCGACCACCCUCUUCUCUUCCGCCAUCAGUCCAUCUACUACAAGAACUGUGUGUUUGACGGGGUGUACCUGUCCUUCGUGGCUCUGUCGCUGCUCUACACCUACUGUAAGAUCAUGCUGGCGGCACAGGCCGCCUCGAUGGGCCUGGCAUCAGUGAAGAGAGCCAGGAACACUGUGCUGCUUCAUGGGCUACAGCUGCUGCUGUGCCUGCUUGCCUUCGUGGUUCCUUCCCUUCAGGCGGCUCUCAUCUCCCUCUUCCCCCGCUUCAGUCUAGAGAUCCGUUACAUCUUCUUCCUGGUCGUCUACAUCAUCCCCCGCUUUAUGAGCCCACUCAUCUACGGUUUUCGGGAUGAGCAGUUCAGGAAGUACUGGACCCGGUACCUGGCUUGUCGGGGCAAAAGUAUUGUCAGGGUCAGACCGGUGUUACUGCCAGUGAACCUGCAUGCGAAAUAA